AUGUCUGCGUCAUCCUCUUCUGCCAAUUCAACACUCCGAAAGUUUUUUCAAUUUGAAGUGCUGGGCAUGCUCGAAUCGGUCUUUAAACAAAAGACUGGAUGUCCUCGUCAAUCACUCAUCGUACCAAAAGCAAGAGGAAGAUUAGCAUUAAAGUUUGGAGGAUUUACAAAUAACACACAACAUUUUGUCGAAGGUUUAGAGGGUUUCUCUCAUAUAUGGUUGUUUUGGAUAUUCCAUCAAAAUAAUAAUUUAGCUGAGGAGACUACAAUCAUUACCAAUGAUCAUCAAAACAAUGAAGGAAAUAAUAAUGGAAUUUCAUCAUCGGAGGUCAUUAAAUUCAAAAUGAUGGAAAAGGCCAAAGUUCGGCCACCUAGACUUGAUGGUAAGAAAAUUGGAGCAUUGAGUUGUCGUUCGCCCUAUCGCCCGAAUCCAAUGGGAAUGAGUGUCGUUAAAUUGGACAAAAUUGAAAGAGAUGAAAAUAAUAAUGCAGUUUUACACUUGUCUGGAAUUGAUUUAGUCGACCAGACACCCAUCGUUGAUAUUAAACCUUACAUUCCAGAGUAUGAUAUGGUUUUACAGGAUCCAUUAUCAUUUCCAAUUUUGAAGGAUUUAGUGAUGACUUAUUCGGAUGAAAUUAAAAAACGAAAAUUAGAGAAUGAAAUCAAUAAGGACAAUGAUGAAGGAAAAGAACAGAACACUCUCUCGCCACCCUCCUCUUCCUCAUCAAGCGAGGAUUCUGUGGAUUCUGCACAGUGUGAAUUUUUGCCAAAAUUGCCGAUUGGAUGGAAAAUAUGCCACGAAAACAACGAGAAAUCACAAACAAAAUCCACCUUCUAUGAUAAGGUCGAAGAUGUGAAAGAAUUAUUUGAAGAUUUAAUCAAAUUGGAUCCAAGAAGUAAAUACAGAAGAGACAAGUGUCAGGAGGAACUUUUUGGAAUACAUGUGGAUGUAUUUAAUUUAUUGUGUCGAGUGAAAGACAAUGUUUGCACCAUUGAAGACAUUGAGGAUUGGAGUCAAGGAUGUCCUUAUUCGAAAGAAGAGUUAAAAGAAAGAACUCGCCAAGAACGAAAUGCUGUGAGAGAAAAGAAGAAGAAUUUACAAGAAAAUAAUCACAAGAAUGAGGAUUGUGACCUUUCUACAGAAUAA